GAUGCAUCGCCAGUCGCGUAUCAACCCCAUGUCAUGAUACCCGCGCGACGCGUUGACGUUUCGCGCGCUUUCGUGUUCCGUUCGAUUGUUGUUUUAUGAUACUGACAUAAUUCAAAUUUGGAAUCAAACUAAAUAUUGUUGUGUGUGUUGAAAACUUUUGUUGUUGUGUUCGGAUUGCGAUUUCGUUUCAGAUAAUGGGAAUAGCUACAUGAGAAGCAACCUACAAAUGUAUGAAACAUCGCACCAUGAUACUCAUGACUUAUGAGCCAAUAUGGCGGACUUAGAACUGAAACCGGGCACACACAGGGAUGGUUCCGAAUUCAAAAAUAGAACGGUAAUACGCAGGAAGCGAUGGCCGGAUGCGUGCAUUUGGAUCCUGUUGGCGGACAUCUUGUUUGCCGGUUGUCAUGGUUACCAGGAACAGAGGUUCGCGAUGGAGCCGCAAGAUCAGAGUGCGAUAGUCGGCUCUCGGGUGACCCUGCCCUGUCGUGUGGAGAACAAGAUAGGCAGUCUUCAGUGGACCAAGGACGACUUCGGUCUGGGCACCCAUCGGGACCUCAGCGGCUACGAGCGUUACUCCAUGAUCGGGAGCGACGAGGAAGGAGAUUACUCACUAGACAUAAGAGAUGUGACUUUAGAAGACGACGGCAGGUACCAGUGUCAAGUUAGCUCCGGUCUUAAUGGAGAACCGGCUAUAAGGUCGCGGUAUGCCCAGCUGACAGUGCUUGUGGCACCCGACCCUCCUCGGAUACUUCAAGGUGCCUUCAUAGACGCAAUAGAGAACCAACCCGUUGACAUUGAGUGCGUUUCCGAGGGAGGAAAACCAGCGGCUGAGAUAACCUGGGUCGACGGGAACCAAGUAGUCAUAAAGAAAGAGGUUGAGAGCAGAGUUGAAUUAUUACCGGAUGAGCAGAGGUAUAGGACGAGAUCAGUGUUGCGGUUAGUGCCUAACAAGGAGCACCACAACCAGACAAUAACGUGUCAAGCCCAGAACACCGCUGACAGAGCGUACAGGAUGGCCACUGUACAUAUUGAGGUCAAAUACGCUCCGAAAAUCAACGUUUCUAUCAAAACACCUACAGUGAAUGACAAGAUACCUGAAGGCAGCGAGGCCAGGAUUCGAUGCCAGGUUGACGCAAACCCACCCGCUCAGGUCUACAGAUGGUACUUGAAUGGCAAUCCUGUUGUUGGGGACUAUACUGAUGAAAUGAUCAUCUUCAACGUAUCUCGGAAACACAAUAAAGCCGUGGUCAAAUGUGAAGUGAGCAACACCGCGGGAAAGAAUGAGGCUUCUCUGACUUUGAAUGUUACAUAUCCGCCAUCGUUCCGCACUCGACCUCAAAACGUAGAGGCGGAGGAAGACGCCAGUGUAACGUUGAGCUGUGACGUCGACGGCGAACCGCGGCCUGAGAUACGCUGGCUGUACCACGAGCCUGGUCGAAUCGGGCAGGUUAAGGGGAAGGCUCCCAAUCUGAAAGUGUACGUAGACCAACGCACUGCCGGCCGAUACAUCUGCAAGGCCACAGUCGAAGGAUAUCCGGAGAUCGAGAGCGAGGCUACCAUUUUUAUCAAAGGUCCUCCAAAAAUCCUAUCAAACAGGACACAGACUGGCUCCGAAGGGGAUCGCGUGACGGUGGAGUGUGAAGCGUUAUCAGUACCAAGACCUGAUGAUAUCCGGUGGUUCUUCGAAGGUCGGGAGAUCAGCGCUAUCCACGACCCAGAUUACGCAACGUUGGAAGAAAGCUUGCCAGACGGAAUCGUCAAGUCGAGUUUAGUGAUUCGCGCGAGUCAAUCCAAACACUUCGGCUUGUACAACUGCAGUGUCACCAAUGACUACGGCAAUGCGAACGCUGCUAUCACUCUUAAACCUUUAAAAACGCUGCCACUCUUCAUAAUACUAAUCGGAGUGACAUCGGGUAUAAUCGUCUUCUCCGGUUUUGUGAUUCUUCUCGUCAUGUGCCAUAGAAGGAGAAGGAAGAAGAGUCAGCAAAUGAGCGAGAAACCAGAUGUCACUGUAACUACAAGUGACAUGUAUAAAGAGAGUGAUAGAAGCUCGAAUAUAAGUGACUUGAAGUUGCAGUUACCUCAGAGCGACGGGAGCUAUGACUUGGAAUACACGAGCUCCGAUCGUUCCGACUCCAAGAACCCAGCGGGUCUUCCGUUAGCUGGUCCCGUCCCACUGCCCAGCAUACGUCACGACGACCCCAUGCUGCAGUUUAGAUACAGCAACGACUAUUCCGAUCCUACGUAUGCGGAUACUUAUUUUAAGAACCCCGCCGCGUAUGUCUACGACUACCCACAAGGCUACGCACCGCCCCCUCAUCUCAAGGUCCAAUCGCCUACGCAACUUGAGGUGCCUCCAACAAGCAGAUCGCUUCAAGGUUCAUUGACGCGUAGCAUCGACACCGCGUCAACUAUUCCAUUGUCGACGGGCAAUGGAUCGCAGAACAAUUCUUUACAACGAACGAACAAACCGGACGAAACUGAUGCUAUUAAUAAUUUGGGCUUACCUCUUGGUGGGGAAGCCCCACAAGCUCAAGGACAAGUCCCAGUGUACGCCCAGACGGGUCCUAAGAAUAACAGUGGCGUCGACUUGCGAUACGCCGCCACGUAUGGAAAUCCUUAUCUUAGGAAUAGUUCCAUAGGCUACAACAAUCAAGUGCACACAGCGAAACCAGCGGCCACACCCGCGCCACCGCCUUAUUCCGCCGUGCGAAACUCCGUAGCACUACCAGUUGGAAAUUUACCGUACAGGAUAUCAUCAACGUUGGUUAUUGUUAGAAGGAAUAGUAACGGAACGUAUACGACGCAGGCGACGCACGUAUAGCAAAAGUGUAAAAAUAUUAGACUUGUGUAAGAAGUGAACUUUUACAGAAUAAGAAAUAGUUACAUUUGUAAUUGUAAUAUAUUAAGUUCCUAUAUGUGACUGAAGUGUAAAUAGCUAGAUAUACGCACGUGUAAGAUAUAAGGGCCGUCCCACACGGAUGAAGUUUUGUCGGAAAUUGCAAAAAAAGGUUUUUAUUUUUUAUCGGCUUUCGUUGGAUUUGUAAGUCGAUGUUUUAUGUAAAUAAUUAAAUGUUUCAUGCUUAUAACCACCGUCAGGAAAAUGAUUAUUUUUCUCAAGAAAUUACGAAUAAUAAUUAUUUUUAAACUGUAUUUUGUUAUAAUAUUAUAAUUUCUAUUAGAUAACAUUUUAGAAGUGUAUAGUAUUGCUCAAAAAUAAUAGGGGCUAGUGACGCGAAAAAAACACAUUUUUUUUUGCUGAUUACAUUUUAUAUAUUUAUUUAUAUAAUUUUAUGUAUAGCCUCUAUAUUUAACGAAUUUUGUAUUUUGUACAGUAAUUCUAUUCUAUUUAGAUAUAAUUAAAUCCAUUAGUAUUUACAAUGACUGAUUAUGUUGUACACAAUUUUUUUUUUAAAAUUCAGAUAUGCCAUAUCAGGUUAGCCCGCCUGCAUCAUCACUUACCACCAGGUGAGACUACAGUCAAGGGCUAACUUGUAUCUGAAUUUUAAAAAAAAGCUAUCAUUUUCAUCCUGUUCUAUAUGAACAGUUUGCGUUUUAUUCUCUUUUUAAAGUUUUGUGGACAAAAUAAUCAGAUAUAAUGUCUCAGACUGAACUUAAAAAUAAAGCUAAUUUCUACGAAUUUGUUAAAAAAUCUUUGAAAAAUCGAAAUCUUGAAUGAAAACUAAAUAUAAUGUUUAGAUAGCGUAAAUAAUUUAGUGAAAUCACUUAAAUGAUAGAAGAAAAAUAUUCUGUGAUAAUCUAAAUAAAUCAAAGAAUCUUUAGUAAAAUGCAUUUGUAAUAGUUUUGACUACAUAGGACCCACAAUUAACUAUGAACUGUUUUGAUUUUUCGUAUGAAUCAGCUUAAAUCGAUAUAUCCUGUAUCCAUAUUUUAUUUUGUUAUCUAUAGCUACCCAUAUUAUUUUGUUUACAUACCUCAGUAUUUUCAAAACAUGAAUAGUUUUAUAUGUCUAUUUUAUUAUAUAUUUUUUCUAUUUAUAAGAUUUAUGGGGAGCUAAACGUUAACGUGUCGAAGAAUUUGAAAUCGAUUUUUUGAAUACUUUAAAACUUCUACGAAGGACACGUCAAGUUAAAAGUUGAUUGUGGGUCUAUAAAAUAACCAAUAUUUUUUAUCUAUAUUAAAGCAUUUCGUGUGUUAUAAUGUAAUGUAAUCAUUUCUUUUAUUCAAACUUAUUAAAUACCUGUAUAAAUAUUUUCUUUUUAAAUUGUAUAAACAUAUUUGCAUGAUAGUGUUUUUCGUUCCUUGCAUGCGAAUAUUAUUUGCCAUUUUUUAUUGUUCUCAAAAUAAAUAUGACGUGACAGUAU